UAUGCAUUGUAAAUCAUGGGUUCUGAAUCCAUGCUUCCUUUAAUCACUGAAGUCUUUGAUUGCCAUGUAUUUUUUUUUUUUUAUUGCAGUGUUGGUGUCUUCAAGAAUGGCAGAGUAGAAAUAAUUGCAAAUGACCAGGGCAACAGAAUCACACCCUCUUAUGUUGCUUUCACUGCUGAUGGUGAAAGGCUUAUAGGAGACUCUGCCAAGAAUCAGCUUACUACAAAUCCUGAAAAUACUAUAUUUGAUGCAAAGCGUCUAAUUGGCCGUGAAUGGUCAGAUAAAUCUGUUCAACAUGAUAUCCAGUUCUUCCCUUUCAAGGUGAUAAAGAAAAAUGACAAACCACACAUUCAGGUAUCUACAUCACAAGGUGAUAAAAUAUUUGCAGCUGAAGAGAUUUCUGCCAUGGUGCUGGGUAAGAUGAAAGAAGUUGCAGAGGCUUACCUUGGUAAAACUGUAACUCAUGCUGUAGUUACAGUACCUGCUUAUUUCAAUGAUGCUCAGCGCCAAGCUACUAAGGAUGCAGGUAUCAUAGCUGGUAUGACAGUUAUGAGAAUAAUUAAUGAACCUACUGCAGCUGCCAUUGCCUAUGGUAUUGACAAAAAGGAUGGAGAGAAGAACAUUCUGGUAUUUGACCUUGGUGGUGGUACUUUUGAUGUAUCACUUCUCACUAUUGAUUCUGGUGUGUUUGAGGUAGUAGCUACAAAUGGAGACACUCAUCUUGGUGGAGAAGACUUUGAUCAGCGUGUCAUGGAGCACUUCAUAAAGCUUUACAAGAAAAAGAAGGGCAAAGAUAUCAGGAAAGACAAUCGUGCUGUCCAAAAGCUGCGUCGUGAAGUUGAGAAAGCAAAGAGGUCUCUAUCUGCUAGUCACCAAGUUAGAAUUGAGAUUGAAUCCUUCUUUGAAGGAGAAGACUUUUCAGAAACACUCACUCGUGCUAAGUUUGAGGAACUUAACAUGGAUCUCUUCAGAUCAACAAUGAAACCAGUUCAAAAGGUGUUGGAAGAUUCUGACCUUCAGAAGAAAGAAAUUGAUGAAAUAGUAUUGGUUGGUGGCUCUACCCGUAUCCCAAAGAUUCAACAGUUGGUGAAAGAAUUCUUCAAUGGCAAAGAGCCAUCCCGAGGCAUAAACCCUGAUGAGGCUGUAGCUUAUGGUGCAGCUGUACAAGCUGGCGUGUUGUCAGGUGAAGAUGAUACUAAUGACCUGGUAUUGUUGGAUGUCAAUCCACUGACAUUGGGUAUUGAAACCGUAGGUGGUGUAAUGACAAAGUUGAUUUCUCGCAACACUGUGAUUCCCACAAAGAAGUCUCAGAUUUUCUCUACAGCCUCAGAUAACCAGCACACUGUCACCAUUCAGGUCUUCGAAGGUGAGCGACCUAUGACUAAAGACAACCACAUACUUGGAAAGUUUGAUCUGACUGGUAUUCCCCCUGCUCCUCGUGGUGUACCCCAAAUUGAAGUAACCUUCGAAAUUGAUGCUAAUGGUAUUCUUCAGGUGUCUGCUGAAGACAAAGGUACAGGUAACAAAGAAAAGAUUGUAAUUACUAAUGACCAGAAUCGCCUUACUCCAGAAGACAUUGAAAGAAUGAUAAAGGAUGCAGAGGUCUUUGCUGAUGAAGACAAAAAGCUGAAAGAAAAGGUAGAAUCGAGGAAUGAACUAGAAUCUUACGCUUACAGUCUGAAGAACCAAGUAAAUGACAAAGAAAAACUUGGUGCAAAGUUGUCUGAUGAAGAUAAGGAAAAGAUUGAAGAAGUUAUUGAUGAAAAAAUAAAAUGGCUGGAAGAUAAUCCCGAUGCAGAUGCUGAAGAAUAUAAAGCUCAGAAAAAGGAGCUGGAAGAUGUUGUUCAACCAAUUGUUGCCAAACUGUACCAAGGUACUGGUGGAACACCACCUACAGACAGUGAUGACGAUUUUGACAAAGAUGAAUUGUAAAUAGCUUUAAGGAAUUAUAGUAACUUAUUUGUCAUUUUGUUCAUUGAAAAUAUUCAGUACAUAAUUCAUCUUCAUUUAUCACAGGUAUUGGGUUAGAUAUUCAUCAUGUUUGAGUGGGGGUACCACAAUACCAGGGACAAAGAGUCCAUUCCAGUAUGUGUGAGAUUGUAAAAGGAAGAAUGGUUUAUAAUAAACAAUAAAAUUGC